AUGGUAUCAGAGCUAGAUGCUCGUCGAAAUCAAGAAGACGAAGAAGAGACUCAGAUUAACACCAACGAUUCUUCUUCCAGCGAUUACCUUUCAUCUUCUUCAACAAAUAGUUCGAACGACGAAAGUUCAAUAAUGUCUAGAAAGAAGAAAGACGAAAAUGAUGUGCUAACGAUGCGUAACUCAGAUCAUACAGGUGUGAUUAUAUGUACUACUAUUUUUAAUGGUGGAAAUUAUAUAGGCUUGAGUAGUGGUAUGCGAUUAGCCCUAGAAGCGAAAUCAAAGUUAGGAUUUAUUGAUGGAUCUUUAGUUGUACCAAAAGAAUCAGAAGUGUUUGAUAAAUGGCGAAAGAUGGAUUGUUUAGUCCGUUCUUGGAUUCUAAAUACUGUGUCAGAUGAGAUUAAAUCGAACUAUUCUUCCACAACCACAACGUUGGACUUAUGGCUUGAUAUUAAAGAACGAUAUCAAGAAAACAACGGUUCACAAGCUUAUCAGAUCCAGAAGGCCAUUAGUAACCUGAGACAGGGUACAUUAAGUCUUGAAAAAUAUUUUUCCAGGAUCAAGAAACUCUACGAUGAAUUGAUGGUCUUAGAACCUCUACCAUCAUGCGAUUGUGACCUAAGAACUGUUUGCUGUUGCAGAAUGACGAAAUUGGUGGUCCAAGUUGAUACAUCAAACAAGCUGACACAAUUCUUAAUGGGAUUGAACGAAUAUUUUGAUAACUAA